AUGAAGAAUUACGGUAUUCGGAGAAGUGCCAAGUAUCGAGUAGUCGAAUCGGAUCAAUUAAAGUACUACGUACCAUUGCUGCAAUUUACAGAUGUCUUUGGAGUCUCCGUGUCGCCCUCUGACAAAAUUUUGGAUAUUGGAUCGCCGACAGCUAGACAACAACCUCAUAUGCAAAAUCAUCCUGCUACUCAUACAGUCCGGUCCAUCAGUGAACAUUCCUAUUCUACAGAGUACAGUGAGAUAGAGCUAUCACUUCAAGCCGCGUACAGGAACAGUUGUCUCCCUGGCAUGGUAUGUGACAUCAGUGCGUUGCCGUAUUACGAUGGCCACUUGAUGGUGCACGACUACGGUCAGUUCGACAAGGUGUUCUUGUCAUACCCUCCAUGCAUUAAAGCUUUCAAGCAUUGUAAGCCGUUCAUCUCCGUAGAUAGUAUGCACUUGUAUGGCAAAUAUGAUGGAGUGUUGCUAAUUGCAGUUGCACAGGAUGGUAACAGUAACAUCCUCUCGGUGGCCUUCGCCGUUAUUGAGUUUGAGAGUACAGAAUCAUGGUCCUUCUUCCUUACCAAUCUAGGACGCCAUGUGACACCACAAGAAGGGCUAUUGAUUAUAUCUGAUAGAUCUCAAGUAAUCAAGGCUGCACUUAGAGCUAAUGACAACCUAUGGGAGCCUCUUAGGGUGUUCCAUGCGUAUUGUGUCAGGCACAUGGCUACGAACAUUGUGUCUCGGUUCAAGAUAGCCGAGGGUAAGCGAUAUCUCAUUAAUGCUGCAUAA